AUGAGCAAGAGAAAGCGAGGGAACGCCUCGAAUGGCACUACUACCGAGGAGCCCGUUAUCACGAAAAAGCCCAAGACUUCGGAUCCCAUCACAAUCCAAAUUGUCGCGGGAUCCUAUGAUCGCGUCCUCCACGGUGUCACCGCCACCAUAUCCACCGACGACGAGGUCGAAUUUGCCGACACGUUUCUCUUCAAUGCUCAUAACUCGGCGGUUCGAUGUCUCGCCAUCUCUCCGCCGUCGGAACCAGAGCCCAACAAGGCCCAGAAAGUCAUGCUUGCCACGGGUAGCACUGACGAACGAAUAAAUGUCUACAACAUCUCAGCCCAUCCGCCGAGCCGGAAAUCCCAAGACAUGCUGUCCGCAGUUGCGCCACGCAAGAUUCUCGAGAACCACAAGAACCGUGAAAUAGGCACACUUUUGCAUCAUUCAUCUACCGUCACGCAACUGUCGUUUCCUACAAAGUCCAAACUCAUAUCCUCGUCCGAGGACUCAACGAUAGCCGUCACGAGGACACGAGACUGGUCACUGCUCUCGAGUAUCAAAGUUCCCAAACCCAAACCCCAAGGCCGGCCGAGUGGUGACACGGCGGCCUUGGACGGGACGCCAGCCGGCGUCAAUGACUUCGCCAUUCACCCGAGCAUGAAGCUUAUGAUCAGUGUCAGCAAAGGCGAACACAGUAUGAGGUUAUGGAAUCUGAUGACAGCGAAAAAGGCAGGCGUGUUGAAUUUCGGCAGGGAUACACUUCAAGAUAUUGGUGAAGGAAGACACUUGUCGGGAGAAGGCAGAAACAUCAUCUGGGACACUACUGGAGAGGAGUUCUGCGUGGGCUUCGAUAGGAACCUCUUGGUAUUUGGCAUGGAUGGCACGCCCAAGUGCAAAGUCAUGUCGGAGCCGAAAACCAAAAUUCACAAAAUCUGCUAUAUUGCCACAGACACAGGCGAGGAUGAUGGGUCGCUUCUGGCAGUAUCGACAGAGGACGGAAGGAUUAUGUUCUUCUCUACGAAAGCUGAGGACUUGACCUCAAAUAAAGCGACCGAAGACAAGAAAACACCCCAACUAUCCGUUGCCAAGCUAGUUGCGCAGCUGGGAGGAAAAGAAGCGGGUGUGUCUGGUCGAAUCAAGGACUUUGCGGUCCUACGGACAUCAGACGAAAAAGGAGAUGGUUUACAUUUCGCAUGCGGAAGCAGCGACGGCAAGCUCCGCGUGUUCAAACUGAGCAUCGGCGACUUGAACAAGGCAAGGAAAUCCAAAAAAGCAGUGCAGAUGGGCAAGUUGCUGGGAAGCUACGACACACAAAACAGGAUUACGUGCGUGGAGGCAUUUGUGAUGAUACCCCGCCCUGAUGGUGUCGAGGAUAGCGACGAGGAAUUUGAAGACAUCUCUAGCGAGGAUGAAGCGGAAGAGGAGGAGGAGGAGGAACACCAUCCAGCAUACCAAAUGGCCAAGUCUCAUGAAGGCGCCCCGAUCCUCCGGCCGAUCCCCCGCCGUCCCUUCGACGUCAACUUCAUAGGACCGAUACCUACAGACGACGACGACGACGAGUCGCUGCCGCCGACUCCCCAACGAGACCCGAACGCCCUCAACCUUGAGUCACUCAACUCUCGUCUUCUCGGCACCAAACGCAAUGGCGACUUCGACUCUGCCCCUGCCUCGGGCUCCCUCAGCCGCGCCCAGUCCAUCAUGAACCUCACCAGCUCGACGCUGUUCGGUAUCUACUCGCCGACUACCUCGGGCCAAAACAAGUUCUUUGCAGAACAGGAUGAGCCGAGCACACCCUGGGGAACUGGGGCCGAAACACCGGCCCGGAGGAUCAACCCCGACGAAGGAAUCUACGAGGUACAGAAGGAGCGUGGACACGUACUGCGGAGAAGGUCGUCCCUCCACCCGCCGCCACGCAUGAUGCCGCCGUCGAAGCCGGCCGCCGCUCUCUACAUUGGCCUGCGAGCACUUCUGCUGUUUGGUCUGGGCACGCUGUAUGGCGCUCUGGUCGCACGGUUCCAGGACGGGCGCAAGUUCUCGGCAUUACAGAUGGAGGACAUGGUGCAACCACAAAUGUACGACUGGAAGUACCUGACCUUCUGGGGUGUUUCUGGCGUUGUGUUAGGCAGCUUGCUGCCAUGGUUCGACGGCGUAUGGGAAGAUGUUUUCGGUAACGAUGAUGCAGUCGAGUCGGCUGCCGAACACACCAUGGGCUGUGAUUCCACGGAAUCCGAGCCCGAUACCGACUGGGCCCUGGUCGUGCGUGGCAUCGGCGCUUUUGUCGGCAUUGUUUUCGCCAUCCGCAAACUGCCCUGGGCGUCGACCCUCCAAGUCUCCCUAACGUUGGCCUUAGCAAACCCCUGCCUAUGGUACCUGAUCGACCGGUCGAAGCCGGGCUUUCUGUUUUCCGCAGCGGUCGGCCUGGCCGGGACGGCACUCCUUAUGGGCCUCAAUCCGGACAUGGUACCCACGCCCGCGAGUCAGUCGUCCUUUGGCGCCUCCAUUGCUGGCAGCAAUGUUUCUAGUAGCGACAGUACUUUGGAAUCGCCCCCUCCUACGAUGAUGCUCGGCGGGCUGGCGAGCCAAGAAACCAUCGAGUCGAGCAUAUGGACUCUCAGCGUGCUGUUCUGCUGUUGUGUCUGUUUCGGCAACAUUGGGCGAAGAUUGGCGCUCAAUCGGUCCGCUUCGGCCAAAGGAAGGUGGGCGGAGCGGAAACCGUGA